AUGAAGUUAGACAGAAAUUCUUUGGCUAUAAUUUUUAGUUAUCUUAGCCUGAAAGAAAGGAUUAGAAUCCUUCUUUUCUUAUGCCACAAGACUAGAGCGGAGGUGUACUCAAUUUGUACAACAGAUUUAUUACUCUCCCAUCAGCUUUAUGACUUCAGUAAUAAAUAAAACGACAGAUUUUGUUCAGCAGGUGGUGAUUUCUAAUCUUUCACUAGUGAAAAGCAUCGUGUUCGACUCUCUAGAUCUCAAAAAUGUUGAGUAUCUGGCUGAUCUACUAGCAGAAAUUCCCCAAAAGAAGCUUGAAAGAACUGAAACAGUGUGCUUCCAAGAUAUAAUUUAUCAACCACAAGAAGACAACGAGAAUGAAUUUAACAACAUACAAGAGCUAGUGAAGGAUGGUAUCAAUAAACUCACUCUCGACAUUCAAAGAAUCACAUUUUCUAAUUGCUCAGGAUUAGUCUGUAGCUGGGUCCUGACUUUCAUUGAAAUCCCUAAUCUCAGAAGCAUAGAGAUUACUUCAAUCUCCUGCUCCUUCGUUGAACUACUCAGUAAAAUUUUUAAAAGAUGUUCUGACUUUGAAUCACUUAAAAUAAUCAACUGAAAGGUCAACAAUAAAUCCAAGCUUCGCUUGUUGAACUCUUCUCUAGCUCAGGUUUUACCAAAUCUAAAAGAGUUUGCAAUAAUUAAUUCUUCGAUACAAGAAUUUCUUGGCGAAACCUUUACAGAACUUAUUCCUCGCAAGAUGGAUCCAGGUCUAGACUUGAUGGAUCGUAAGAAACUUUCUUUAGAGAGUUUAGCUCUCGAAGAUGAGACAUUGUCAAGAUCCUAAUUUUGAUAAUCUGGUUAUUGAUCUUCUCAGACUUUGAGAUAAAGACCUCUUGAAGGGAUAUCACAUCAGUUGUGGGAACAAGAUUAAUCUUUCCGCUUUCUCAGAGUCCCUCAGAUCACUUUUUGAUGAAAUCGGAAAAUUCACAAACCUUGAAACCCUGAAAAUCAAUGGUCUCGAUCUUGACCAAGAAAUGAUGGCUCCAUACUACAGCACCAUCCACGACCUUAAAGGAUUAAAAUAACCUUGACUUAUCCAAAAACAACCUGAACCUCCAAGCGAUCAAAGAAAUCCUUCUCCCAAACUCCGACCACUCUGCCCUAGAAGAGUCCAAAUCAGUCUACGAACGCAUAAACCUGACUCGCAACUUACUGACCAAAGAAGACUGAAAAUACCUGAUCUGCACCAAACAAUGAGUCUCAUGUUGUCUAAAAACCCUGGAUCUAUUCCCCCAAAAAGAAGACGAAGACCCCUUCACCCAGCUGGUCAAGGCAAUGACCGCUUAGAUAUCAACCAGUGAGCGGAAACUUCGAGGUUAAGUGGGAAC